CUCGAGGCUGUCGUUUUUGUGAGGCCAAAGGUGGAGGAGGGAAGACAAGAAGAGGGGAAACAACGGCUUCAAUAAACGCGCAGCCACCAACACACCGCGCCGGCGUCCAGAGCACGGCUGAGUCCAAUUGAAUUGCCCAUCUAUUGGCCGUCGCCAAGCGGGGAGAAGGCGGGGUGGCAGCCAUGGCCGCCAGCAAAGGUACCAGAUGCCUCCUCGAGGCCAUGAGGACCUUGAGCAUAUCAUCAUCGUUGGCACCAGCCAGGCAAAGACUACCAACUUUUAAGAGCCAGAUCCUUCCUCCAGCCUCAAGAUGUCGGACCAUAGCCACCUCAGCAGCAGCCUCCAUACCGCCCGUGGUAGCGACAACCCCCGCCGAGGCGGCCCCAGCCCGGAGAACCCCGCUCUGGACGCCCCCGACCGAGGUGCCCGUGACCAUCUACGACUUCCCCUCGCUCGAGCCGCUCGAGCUCGAGGCGUGGCCGACCAAGCACCUGCACCUGCCGCUGCGGCGCGAUAUCCUGCACCUGGCCGUGACGUACGAGGGCGACAGGACGCGGCAGGGCACGGCGUCGUCCAAGACGCGCUGGGACGUGGCGGGCUCGCACCGCAAGUUCCGGCGGCAGAAGGGCUCGGGCAAGGCCCGCGUCGGGUGGCGGCAGUCACCGCUCCGGCGCGGCGGCGGCAAGUCGCACGGCCCGCACCCGCGCGACUUCUCGACGGGCCUCAACCGCAAGGUCUACGACCUGGCCUGGCGCACCGCGCUCUCGUACCGCUACCGCCGCGGCGAGCUCUUUGUCGUGCGCGACGGGCUCGACCUGCCUCUACCGGAAGACGUGGCCGCCCUGGCCGCCCGCAACCGCCUGCCCCGGGAGCUGCACGACCAGUACGUCGAGCGCAUGGUGCGCGAGGUCCUGGCGCCCCUCGGCUGGGGCCACGACGGCGGGCGGUCCACAUUCGUGGCGGCCGAGCGUCGCGAGGGCUUCUUCGACUGCCUCGACGUCGCCAGCGGCUACGACGCGCGCGCUCUCGAGGUGGACGACGUCGACGUCAAGGACCUGCUCGAGACGGGCCGCAUCGUCAUCGAGCGCUCGGCCCUGCUGCGCCUGAUCGAGGAGCACCAGAGCGACCUGGUCAGUAACAUCCGCGUCAACGGUGCCCUGGUCACCAGGGGCCCGCUGGCGGGGGCCACGACCACGCUGGUCGCGGCCUGAUCUUGGCGGCCGUGGAGGGGGGGCACUGUAUCUACUCUUUGUGUAAUUACAUAUCAAGCACCCAGCAAGUCUUGUGCGAGCCGUCCCUUCACUGGGAGGCGAACAAAUGUUUGAUUUAUGGCAUUCCACAAACACAACUACUUGACUCAACAGGGGAACUCCCUCGGUGCAUGCCAGAAUCUCCUCACGGAACACUACGAUAUUUGCAAGCUUUUUUUUUCUGC